UACAACGUAUUUUGUUUACUUUUCUAUUUUCCAUAACACUAUAUAUAAUUAAAAAAUAGUAAUUAUACCUUUAUUUUACCUUACCUUUCUUUUUUACUUCAAAAUCUACUGGCUCUCUUUUCCACCAUAAACAUGGUGCUAAGGCCCACACGGCAGGUUGGUAAGCCCAAAUUUGGCCCUGUACGUAGUACGUGCAUUUUGAAUGAACCCCUGAUUCAUGUAAAAAUCUCCGAGCCAAGACCCUGGGCAUUCGGUAUUUUCGUGGGACGGUUAAUACCUGCAGUUUGUUUUCCCCGUCUUCCUUAACAGAACAAUCUGCUUUUGAACUACAGAGUCCUCCGGAGAGAGUGCCGCCAUUGUUUAUCUAAUAACAGUUAUUUUGGAAUGUCGGGUGAGGUGGAAGUCACGCAAGUCAGCAAUGCUCAGGAGGUGGUACGCGCUACCUCGCCCUCAACGGACUGCAAACUCAGCCCUAGCGACCUGGAGACCAACCUCCUCAACGACGCCGUUCGGUCCUUGCCCUCUAAUGCCGUCAAAGACCUGUUGUUUAUGGGGGUAUGUGUGAGGUGCGUCUUUCGCCUCUUUGGAAUCCAGAGGCGGAUUCCUCGUUUCUUUUCAGUUUCGUCAUCAAUUUUGUGGUGCAUGCUUGGAGAUAAGGAAGAUUCAGUUAGUCUUACGUAUAUGGAGUCUACAUUGUGCAGCCUUUGUUUGGGUGUAUUGCAAUUCACAUAUUGUGAUGACAAAGGAAUGCUGGUAAAGAUGGAAAGUGCCAAUGAUUUUGCUGCGAAGAUUGCUGAAUUGGUAAAGCAAGAAGGUCAUCAGGUUGACAGCUUUUCUAUUGAAGUCUCAAUACCACCAGUAAUCCUGGAAAACGAACGCAUUGUUCGGCUGCACAUGAAAAAGAAGUAUGAGUCUGAACUUUGGUUCCAAGAGAGUUCACUCUCCGAAUACAUUUCUGCAAAGGAUGCUUUUCGUUGUGCGAUUGCAGAUUCCCUUGAAACAUUGUUGGGUGUUAAAUCAAGUCUAGGCUCUUUUCGCAUUCGUUUGACUUGCACAACGGCCUCAAAUGCAAUUGAGAAUUCUGCUGAGAGGAACCAAGGUUGCAAGAGAAGAAAAACAGAUACUGGAAAUGGCACAAACAGUACCAAUAAUGAGGGUGUCAUUUCUAGAACUAAUAGUUCUGGCUUUCCUAGUGGUGAAGGAAAUAAAUUUAUUCAAACGUCUUCUAACGGUUCGCAAGAUCUCGAGUGUUCUGAGUUCUUCAAACUGCCUCUAGAGAAGGUCAAGGAACCUUGCCGCUUGGUAUUUCUUUGCUACAGGAUGCCUAUCUACUUUGGUGGAAGAUAUCUAAAAUACUCUAGAAAUGUAAGUCAAACGCGAUGGAUUAUUGACGAGGAAAGAAAGGGAGAAGCAUCUGUAGAGGAGAUAAUAGGUGGCAGCAUUCUUCCUUUCUGUCAGGGUGAUAGUUACAAGUUCCAUGCUGCUGGUAGAGAGGACAUCGAUGUUCGGAUGUUGGGUUCAGGUAGGCCUUUUCUGGUUGAGAUACAAAAUCCCCGUCGAAUCCCGUCUAACGUGGUUGUGAAGGAAAUGGAAACCAAGAUAAAUAACUUGGAACAUAAAUUAGUAAGUACCUGUCUGACUGCAGUUUUUGCAUUUCAAAGCACUUUGUCUUUCUCGUUUAAUUCCUUUGUUCUCAUGCAGCAAAUUUUGCAGAGGACCCCGAUAAGGGUGCUUCAUCGCCGAAGUCCAUUAGAGCGUGAAAAACUUAUUCAUUGGAUGAAAAUUGAGAGAAUUGUAGGAAGUUCCCAAUAUUUUCUCCUGCAUCUCUGCACUCAGGCUGGAACAUAUAUCAAGGAAUUUGUUCACGGAGAUCUUGGGCGCACUCAUCCCAGCAUUGGAUCAAUUCUAGGAUGCAGGGCAGAGAUACUGCGACUGGAUGUUACCGAUGUGAAAAUGGACUGCUUUCUGACCAGAUGAGUGCAUCCAGCGUGCUUUUUGAUCUUCGAUUAAUCGUGAAAAGAGGUUUCAAAUCCGUCUUAAACUUUCUGAAGGUAAAUUAGGAGACUUCCAGCAAGGUCUUCUUGGAAAAAAAAUAAUAGAAUUAUUGUAUGCAUUCUCCCUUCGCAUGGGUGUCGUAGCUAAACCCCAAAUCAGUUAUUUUGAGAAAAAGAAAAAAAAGCGAGCGAUCGUUCCCCCGCGAACUUACUUUGUGCCUAAUUGUCGUGCAACUGUAGUUAAAAGAAGUGCUGCAAUAAUUAUUAGGAAGAAAGAAAAAAAAAACUAUUCAAACCAAGAGAAUAUAUUUUUUAUUUUUCAAAAAUUUCUUUUGUAUUCGUUUGCAGUUUUGCUGAGUUUAUUUCAUAUUGAAUAUCACUUAAAAGUGAAUGCAGAAUCCUUGUAAAUGCCACUAAAACUUUAUCUGGUCGCGGUCCUCGCUUCAUGACCUUUGAGCUUCAAUUGCCCCCCCUACUGUGUGUCAGCGCUUGGGUGUAAUAAACAAAGUGUUGUACAUCUCCCGAACAGCCAAGUAUGCCGUCUUAAAUGCUCACACGAAACAGAUAUAUACAAGUGUGUCCGGGAAUAUAAGUAUAAAUUUAUUCUUCCAAUUAAUAUUUUCAUAUAUUUCACUAUAAGUAUAACGUACAUCUCUUUCAGCCGAUAAAAUAUAGGUUAAACAGUAAUACGACUUUUAACGUUCAGUCCAAAAACCUUGAGAAGAAAUAAGUAGCAAAUAUUCUGGGAAAAAAAAAAA